ACACCAAAAGUAAAAUUCCCUAGUCGAAAAAGUUUUACUAACAAACCAAUUUGGCAUUUCACGUAAAAAACUCUUAUUUUUGUCUUAUUUAUAGCAAAAAUGGCAGCAGCAAUGGACGUUGAUGUUGAUGAAGUUGAAGUUCCCACUUCUAGCAGUUCCAAAGGUGAAAAGAAGCGUUUCGAAGUAAAAAAAUGGAACGCUGUCGCUUUAUGGGCUUGGGAUAUUGUCGUCGAUAACUGUGCCAUUUGCCGCAAUCACAUUAUGGAUCUGUGUAUCGAAUGUCAGGCUAACCAGGCUUCAGCAACCAGUGAAGAAUGUACAGUUGCGUGGGGUGUGUGUAAUCACGCGUUUCACUUUCAUUGUAUUUCGAGAUGGUUGAAAACGAGGCARGUGUGUCCUUUAGAUAACCGAGAAUGGGAAUUUCAGAAGUAUGGACAUUGAUCGUUAUUUUAUUAGUAGCGUAAUGCGUUUUGGCAAAUUGAUUCCUACCCUUUUACUUUUUCUUGAAGUCAACAUGUAAAAGAAUUCACAAAUUCAUUGUUUUUGCAUAAUCCAGUUCUUUAAAUUUUUGUUACAUUUUUACCGCAAUAAAUUACUAUUCACUUUA